AUGUCCAGCCAUGUGAAUAGACAAUCUCAAGCAAACAACCAGAAUAGCAAGCUGGGUACCAACAGUCGACAGAAGGCAACCGACAUGGAAGCAACACAUGCCGACGGCAAGAAACAAGUACAAGAGGGGGUGGAUCAGACUCAAAUUCUGCCAGACCAGAUCCACUACAUCCCAUUGUUGGAUCCCGAGACGGAGUAUGAAGAGGAAUAUGAAGAGCCGUUAGAAAUGAGCCACCACGGCCUAGCUUAA